AUGGUGUCGCCAGCUCUUGUCUCGAGCCUACUUCUGGCGUCUUGUCUCGUCAGAGCUCAAUCAUCAACUGCUGCCCCUCGGGCCUCAUCCACGGCGGCGGCUGCAUCCCAAUUCACACUCCCGGCAAGCGUUGAUGAAGGGGCAACUCUCCUGCCUAAUGUGUACGACCCAACUGCUCCAGAUGCCCAAGUGCACUGUCCUGGCUAUACGGCGAGUAACGUGAAGACAUCAACUUCAGGUGUAACUGCACAUUUGACGUUGGCUGGCACUGCUUGCAAUGUCUAUGGGACAGACGUCCAGGAUCUGGAUCUCUUGGUUGAGUAUCAAACCAACGCCCGACUACAUGUCAGCAUUCGUCCAUCUCAUGUUACUUCACAAAAUGAGAGCUGGUAUCUUCUUUCUACCGAUUACGUCCCCGCUCCCAAUCAAGAGAACGGCCAGACGACGACGAGUGAUCUGACAUUUUCAUGGGAAAAUACCUCGGAGAGCGGUUUCGGUUUCAACGUGACCCGAAACGGCACUGGCGAAGUUCUUUUCUCAACUACCGGGACCAAGCUGGUAUUCGAGAACCAGUUCAUUGAACUGGUUACGCAUCAAGAGGAGAAAUACAACCUUUACGGCCUAGGCGAGGUCAUUCACGGCUUGAGAUUGGGCAACAACCUAACUCGAACCAUCUAUGCUGCAGACGUAGGCGAUCCUAUAGAUUACAACCUCUACGGCAGUCAUCCGUUCUAUCUGCAGACCAAGUACUUUGAGGUCGGAGAUCACAACCGUACCACGCUGGUCACUGAGCCACUGGACACCAGCAAUGCAACUAGCAAUUAUACUUCUUUGAGCCAUGGAGUCUAUUUGCGAAAUGCCCAUGGAAUGGAAGUACUUUUGCGUGCCACAAACGUCACAUGGAGGACGCUGGGCGGCAGUCUCGAUCUAUACUUCUUCUCUGGGCCUACACAGCCUGAUGUGACGCAGCAAUAUCUCAAUGUAAUCGGCGAGCCAGCUUUACAGAACUACUGGGGCUUCGGUUUCCACCAAUGCCGCUGGGGAUAUCAGAAUUGGUCUGUUACGGAGGACGUCGUCAAUAAUUACGAGCGCUUCGCGAUCCCACUGGAGGUCAUCUGGAAUGAUAUCGACUACAUGAAUCACUAUCGUGACUUUGACAACGACCCGAUCCGUUUCAAUUAUUCGACUGGAUCCGCUUUCCUCAAACGUCUUCACGACCGAGGCCAGCACUACAUACCUAUCAUCGACAGCGCUAUUUACGUCCCCAAUCCCGCCAACGCCAGCGACGCCUACCAAACUUUCAAUGAUGGGAACGAUACUAACUCCUUCCUCCUUAAUCCCGACGGUUCUCUCUACAUUGGCGAUGUGUGGCCUGGACUGACCUCUUUUCCCGACUGGUCAACAGCGGCGGCGCAUACAUGGUGGAAAAAUCAAUUGGUGGCCUGGCAUCAGAAACUCCCGGUAGACGGUGCUUGGAUUGACAUGAGCGAGGUCUCUUCCUUCUGUGUGGGGAGCUGCGGCAGUGGGAAUAUUUCUCUAAACCCGGUACAUCCGCCUUUCAAACUCCCUGGUGAGCCAGGAAAUGUUAUCUAUGACUAUCCAGAAGGCUUCAACUUGACAAAUGCCACCGAAGCGGCUUCAGCGGCAUCGGCAUCGCAAUCCCAGGCAGAAGCGACAGUGACCGCCUCUAGUACAACUGCUAGUGGGUUGACUUCAUCAUCGACCAGCUACCUCCGGACCACACCUACCCCAGGACAACGCAAUGUCAACCACCCGCCCUAUGUACUCAACAACGUUCAAGGGGAUCUUGCGGUACAUGCGGUCUCCCCGAACGCGACGCAUCAUAAUGGGAUUCAAGAAUACGACGUUCACAACCUGUUCGGACAUCAGAUCUUGCAAGCUACCUAUGCCGCUCUGGUGGCAGCAAUCCCAGGCAAGAGGCCAUUCCUCAUCGGACGUAGUACUUUUGUUGGCUCUGGCACUGUGGCAGGGCACUGGGGUGGUGACAACAUGUCGAAAUUCUACUACAUGUACUUCUCCAUCCCGCAGGCACUGAGUUUUUCACUAUUUGGCAUUCCCAUGUUUGGUGUCGAUACGUGCGGCUUCAACGGCAACAGCGACGAAGAGCUGUGCAACCGGUGGAUGCAACUGAGUGCCUUUUUCCCCUUCUACCGCAACCACAACACGCUAUCGGCAAACUCACAGGAGGCGUAUGUCUGGAGCAGUGUCAUCGACGCCACCAAAACAGCCAUGAAUGUGCGCUUCCAGCUGCUCCCUUACCUGUACACGCUGUUCUACAAUGCCCACACCAAAGGUGACACUGUGAUGCGUGCCUUAGCUUGGGAAUUCCCCAACGACCCAACCCUCGCGGACGCAGAUCGCCAAUUCUUCUUGGGUCCGUCCAUCCUCGUGACCCCCGUGCUCACGCAGGGUGCAACAGCCGUGAAUGGCGUUUUCCCCGGCCUGGUCGAGGGCACUGCCGUGUAUUAUGAUUGGUACAACAAGACUCCGGUGAGUGUGCCUUCGACUAAAAACACGACCAUCGCGGCGCCCUUGGGCCACAUCCCGGUCUACAUCCGCGGCGGGGUCGUGCUGGCCACGCAGCAGAUGGCCCUAACCACCCGUGCGGCUCGAAAUACCAGCUGGUCGCUCAUCGUGGCCCCGGGCGUUGAUGGCAGAGCGUCCGGGUCACUAUACCUCGACGACGGCGAGUCUUUGGCGCCCAACGCCACGAAACUGGUCACGUUCUCUGCGGCAAUGGGGUCAUUGAACGUCACUGUCUCGGGCAACUACACUGGUCAAGAUCUCCCGCUGGCUAACCUCACCAUCCUCGGAGUCCCCCAACCCCCGCCCAGCAACAUUGUCCGAAUCAACGGGCAGACUGUGGCCAACAGCACCUACAACACGGCCAGCAAGACCUUGUUCAUCAGUGGGUUGGAGCACGUCCUCGGCGGCAAGGUCUGGAGUGCCAACUGGACCUUGUCGUAA